UGUGUUCCCUUCUACAGUCCAUGCUGUGUCAGAUGAUGACACAGGAGUACGCAGUGCAGCUAGAAGACCAGCUGGCUGACAAGCUGGCGCAGCUCAACGCGGCAGUCGCUGCACUCGUCGCUGCUACUGCAGGUCAGUGUGUUCCCUUCUACAGUCCAUGCUGUGUCAGAUGAUGACACAGGAGUACGCAGUGCAGCUAGAAGACCAGCUGGCUGACAAGCUGGCGCAGCUCAACGCGGCAGUCGCUGCACUCGUCGCUGCUACUGCAGGUCAGUGUGUUCCCUUCUACAGUCCAUGCUGUGUCAGAUGAUGACACAGGAGUACGCAGUGCAGCUAGAAGACCAGCUGGCUGACAAGCUGGCGCAGCUCAACGCGGCAGUCGCUGCACUCGUCGCUGCUACUGCAGAUCGCGAGAACCCUGACUACGCGGCCGCGGAGAACGCUGUCAGCACCAUCACUUCGAUAAUGCCUCACUUGAUGCAAGAUUCGCGCAAGUUGUGUGGCACGAAGACGGACGCGGAACAGGCGGCCAUGUUACAAGACUUGCGUCAGCUCUGUGACGCCACCAGAGACAUCUGUGACAAUGCUGGGAAACCUGAGGGUCUGACUGAUGCUGCUACCAAGUUCUCCGAAGCUUCAGGCAAGCUGGUGUUUAUCGUCAGCCCUAAGAACCAGAGUGCUCAAGCACAACAGGUAAUCGGUCUGUCGGCGGCGUCGUGCGGCAAGGCAUCAGAACUCCUAUCGCUGGUGCAGCGACUGACAGAACAGGUGCCGGAAGCUGGUGCAGCAGCUGAGCUGGACAGCCGUGGUGCACACACGGCUGAUGCUGCACAGGCACUGCUAACAGUGGCGCAGGCGACAGCUACAAGUAUCCAGCACCCGCAGUGUCGUGCGCAGCUGCUGGGAGCAGCGCAGACUCUGCGUACAUCAGCUGAUACCCUGGCCGGUGCCUGCUCACCGCACUUGCCGCAGCAUCCUGACUUGCAGGAGCAGCUGCACUCCUCGCAUCAGCAGCUCAAUGAUAGCUUGGAUGAUCUCAUCCGUGCCUGCAAGGCUGCACAGAAAGAUGUUGUGGCGUUGUCACCGCAGCAAGAACAGCAACGCAUCAAGUUUGUGAGUACCGUCUCCGGAACCAAGAAACAUCUGGACACCGCUGAACAGCAGUUGAACAAGCCUGUCAUCUGUCAAAUGAUGUCGGCAUCUGACGGGGCUACACUGCAGAGCCAACUAUCUCGUCGCCUCGCACUGCUCAAUACUGCAGUCGCUGCACUUAAUGCUGCUACUUCUGAUGGCAAGAACCCUGACUACCCGGCAGCAGAGCGUUCCGUCACCACCAUUACUGAGCUGAUGCCGCAAGUUGUGCAAGAUUGUCACAAGCUAUGCGGCAGUAUGGAGCCGACAUUGCAAGCGGCUGCGGUAAGACAGCUGCACGAACUAUGCGGCGCCGCUAGAGACAUCUGUGACGGUGCUGGACAUCCGCAGAAACUAAACGAAGCAUCAGCUAAGCUAGCCAAUGCGUCGGGCAAGCUGGUGAACAUCGUCAAUCCGGAUGGUAAACCAGCGAAGGGUCCUAAGCCAGGAGUGCCGACGAGAAAGCCAGCUGUGCCGGCUCGUGACCCCAAGUAUACAGUAACGCAGGGGGUGCGAGCGUCGCGACAUGCUGAUGAUACGAAGAGCUUCCUCGAUGCUUUGAGAGCUGAGGAGAGUCAGGAUAAGGCGAAGAUAGUAGGCAUAGACGCCAAGGGACCAGUAGCUUCUGAAGAGGAGAAGCGCGCACAGAAACAGUUCCUCGAGAUGAUAGACAGCGCCGAGACUGGCCUGCAGACUGCUCAAGAUGGACUUAAACAACUGUACAAAGCAAAGAGUACUACAGUAAGUGGUACUCCACUGGCGGCGGCCGAAGUGGCGAGAAAGGAACAGCACAUGGAGGACACACUCGCUAGAGCUGCUGUUCACGUCGCUGACUUGGUCGCUGCUAACUAUGCCGAUAAACUGGACUAUAAGGCUGCGAUGGAACCUACUGUAUCGCUGACAAAUGCUGUCAAGAGCGUUGUAAAUGAUGGCAGUGCAAUCUGCGAUUCUCUUCCCGACAAGGCGCGUAAGACAUUCUUAGACGAUAUGUCCGGACUGUGUCAGGCCACCAAGAGUAUCUGUGAAGCUGCUAAGAGUAAGAAAGAGAAAUUGAACGAAGCAGCAAUAUCAUUUGGCGACCAGUCGGUUAAACUGCUUCGAGUAGUUAGCAGCGAUAUCAACCCCAAUUUGGAGAAAGAGGUGAUAUCCCGAGCGAAGGCCAUAGGCGACACAGCUUCCCGUCUGGCCCUGGAAGCCAGUAACGUGGCCACUGCUGCCAGUACUACUGGUGAUGCCAGUGCCACUGGUGGUGCCAGUCCCGUGCAGGAUAUAUGCACUGCGGGUACUAGAUGCGUUGAUGCUGCUGGCAAGCUCGUUUAUACUGCUAAGCUGAUCGCCCCGUCGAUCCACCACUCAACCAGCCAAGAAACGCUCAUAUCCUCAGCAGACAACCUAUCCUCCUCUCUGACCACCUUCUCCAAGACCUGGUCUCCUCUCACCAGCAGCCAGCAGCCCUCCGUCCACAAGCUAACUGCUGAGGCUGCUCAUCUUGAGGAGUUAGUGGAGAACUUGAGGAAAGAUGUCAAGAGUGGCAAGUUGGGAAGAAGUAGGGACUUCGAGCCUGUUGUCGAUGUGGAUAGUGUGAUGAGGCAGUUGGCUGUGCAAGUUUUGGACACUGCUAAGGACAUGGCGCAACAUGGUAACUUGUCUCCGGAGCUGAAGAAGGAGUACAGUGGCUAUAGCGGCAGGCUGGAGGAAGCCAUCCGUGCGUUAGACCUCGCUAAUGCCAGGUUCCAGAGAUCACCAAGGGACAGGAACAAGCGCAACGACUUGGAGAUAGCGACCCAGGACCUGCAGAUGACGCUGCUGCAGACCAGACCUUCCAGGGCUGGACAGGAGCAGAGCUAUAUUGUGGACUUCAGGGACUUCCUACAAGACCUGGUGAAGGAAGCCGAUGCACUGCAGGAAACUGCUCGCAAGAACGAGAGCGUCGUCGGCAAAGGUCCGACAGAGAACAUAAAGAUGUUAUGCAGCAAGAUCAGCGAGGAUGCUCAGAGACUUAUGAGCCCGACAGACUACGACCAGCUCAGCGGCACGGUCAUGACGUGCGCAGACGACGUUAUGGACAUCGACGUGUCAGGACAGGAGUGCGAAGUAUUGGUGAAGGAGAUAAACAGCACGAUACAAGGCAUCCAGAAUCCGAAGGCUAAGGCUCAGCUCAAAGCUAAACUCUUAGCUUUGAUGGAGAGUUGCCACCUGCUCAGAUUUGCGACAUACAGCCACAUAGAAGCCACCCGCAGUGCUGCAUGGGACGACACGCUGCGCAACCUGGACAGCUUCCAGGAGUUGCAUAUGGAACCCCUCGCUAAUGCCGUGCAGAAGAUCACGAAGCAGAAGAAGACCCCCCCAGGCCCGCUGUCCAGUCGGCAGCGUGCAUCCCGAGCGCUGGUAGUGGCGCACAGCCGCGCGGUGCGAGGCUCGCCGGCGCCGCUGUGCCACGCGCUCACCUAUGCCGUCGCCGCCUCCGCCAAGCCGCCGCCGCCGCCGCCCAGGGAUACCACUGAUGGACAGCAGCAGAAGACUGACACAGGAGUUGCUGAUACCGUAAACGUCAUAAGAAGUACGAUAUUCAACGUAGCCGACGCUUACAAUCAACAGCCGCACACGCAACAGCCCAUUAUCAGCGCCAAACUGUUAGAGAUGCUGGAGCAAUCUAAGCACACUCCUAUUUUGAGUGCAGAAGAUAUCGACAAACUGCUUCUGAUCCCGGAACAACCAGUCGGGGGCACUCCCAAGUAA